GUCUUUCCUCUGUGGAGUAAUUGGCGGGUUAUUUGAGGCCGGUUGCAAUGAAAUGUUCGUACUAGGGUACAGCUUGGGGCAGCUUCCGGUACUUGAGCAUCAGCCGGGAUUUCCACUAUUUUCCACAAUUUUGCCCUAUUUCCCAUCUUCACCCGAUGUACCUGCAACAGUCAAUUUUUGUACCGGAGUACACUUUCUCCGUUCUCUCCGACCUCGUUGGUGCCCGUGCCUGUUUCGGGGCGCAACGAUCGACUCACCACCGAACCUCACCCGGGCCACUACGACGCACUACGGUAUAAGAUAUGGCGUGGUCCCCACUGAGACCAGCUCUGAGGCUGUGAUCAUCAAAGGUUUUUUAAAGAGGGGCAUUUGUGGUCCUGCUAUUCCUUCUAUCGCUGCUGAUAAUCCUACGAGUAACAAGUGCUCCGUCCCUUGAAUUCGGCUUUCUCUCCCCUUGGCCCCUCCUAGCAAGAGAAACGACAGGCGAUAUUCAUACACUACUCUACACAUCCUUACUUAUACCUCCACCGACGCCGGAUUGAAAAUUGGAUAGCCCAUUCCCCAGCACAUGGCGAGUCAGUGACGUGUUUGUGGAGACGCAAACUAGAACCGGUUUCUAUUUCGAAUUAGAAUUGGCUCUACCAGCCUCGGCCUAAACUUCCCGAUAAUUGAAACGGGAAUUAACGACCCUUUCAACUUCCAUCCCAUCUAAUAUAUCGCCAUAAUUAUGGCCUUCAGGUCGAGAAUCACGAGGGCUGCGGCCUACGGAUCUGGAGCUGCUGUCCUCGGUGGCGGUGUCCUAUACUACACCUAUCGCCCACGAAACAUCCCGGGUCUCGAACCGGCGGCAGUGCCACCGCCUGGAGAGCUCCCGCCGAGGUUCCCCAAGGUCAAGUCGAGAGACGAGCAGAUCGCUGAUCUGAAGAGGAGCGGAGGAAUAUUCACACCUACAUCAACUGCAGUCAAGAAUGCAUUAUUAAACCCGACUGUGGUGGACGAGGUUGCCAUCACUACACCCCAAGAUGACGAUAUCUACGAUCUCCUCGUCAUUGGUGGCGGUGCGACCGGUGCCGGUGUUGCGUUGGACGCGGCAACUCGUGGAUUGAAGGUCGCGAUUGUCGAGAGGGACGACUUCAGCUCUGGUACCAGCAGCAAGAGCACGAAGCUCGUGCACGGUGGUGUGCGAUACCUGGAGAAGGCGUUCUGGGAGAUGGAUUAUAACCAGUACAAGUUGGUGAAGGAGGCUCUGCGCGAGCGCAAAUACUUCUUGGAUACCGCUCCCCAUCUGUCGUCGUGGCUCCCAAUCAUGUUGCCGCUGGACAAGUGGUGGAAGGCACCAUACUACUGGGCUGGAACCAAGGCCUACGAUCUUUUGGCUGGGUCCGAGGGAAUUGAGAGCUCGUACUUCUUGACGAGGAGUAAGGCUCUUGAUGCCUUCCCCAUGCUGAAGAGGACGGAUCUCAUUGGUGCGCUGGUCUACUACGAUGGUGCGCAUAACGAUUCGAGGAUGAACGUCUCAUUGGCUAUGACCGCAGCACUGUACGGCGCGACUGUUGUAAACCAUCUUGAAGUGACAGGACUGAACAAGGAUGCCAAUGGCCAGCUUUGCGGUGCACGCGUCAAGGACGUUGUCCGCGAGAAGGAUGGCAAGAAGGCUGAGGAGUUCACUAUUAGAGCGAGAGGUAUUAUCAACGCAACCGGCCCAUUCUGCGACUCCAUCCGUAAGAUGGACGAGCCCAGCAUCAAGGAAAUCGUCGCCCCCAGCUCUGGUGUACACAUCGUGCUCCCCGGAUACUACAGCCCGUCGAACAUGGGCUUGAUCGACCCUAAGACUUCUGAUGGCAGAGUUAUCUUCUUCUUGCCUUGGCAGGGAAACACCAUUGCCGGAACCACCGAUGCCCCUACUACUAUCCAGCAGAACCCCAUUGCUGGUGAGGAUGAGAUCGACUGGAUUCUGUCCGAGAUCCGUCACUACCUUGCCCCAGACAUCAACGUUAGACGCGGUGAUGUCCUCGCUGCUUGGUCCGGUAUCCGCCCUCUCGUCAAGGACCCCAAGGCCAAGAACACCGAAUCCCUCGUCCGUAACCAUCUCAUCGAUAUCUCCGCAUCUGGCCUCUUGACCUGCGCUGGAGGAAAGUGGACUACCUACCGUCAAAUGGCCGAGGAGUGCGUUGACGAAGCCAUCACCACUUACAAGCUGAAGCCAACCCGCGUUCUCAACGCCCCAUGCGUCAGCGGAAGCACCCAGAUCGACGAUGGCGCAACGCUUGAUGGAUCCUGCCAGACUCAUCAAGUUAGACUCAUUGGCGCCCACGGCUUCUCCAAGACCCUGUUUAUCAACCUGAUUCAGCACUACGGCAUCGACACCGACGUUGCGAAGCACCUGACUGGUUCGUACGGUGACAGAGCCUGGACCGUUGCUGGCCUUUCCGAGCCCACUGAGAAGAGGUUCCCGGUCCGUGGCAAGAGAUUGUCCCCGCUAUACCCCUUCAUCGAUGGCGAGAUUCGCUAUGCCGUUAGGCACGAGUAUGCCCAGACAGCCGUCGACGUUAUCGCUCGCCGCACUCGUCUGGCGUUCCUCAACGCCCAGGCCGCCCUCGAAGCGCUCCCGGAAGUUAUUGAUGUUAUGGCCUCUGAGCUCAACUGGGACAAGAAGAGACAGGAGCUGGAGUGGACUGACAGCUUGAAAUUCCUGGAGAGCAUGGGACUCCCUAAAUCGAAGCUUUCGGCUACACGUAAGGCUGUUGAGAGCGGAAAGCUGGCGUUCAAGGACUCCGACGAGUAUAAGAUGUACUCGAGGCACAACGUGGCGCCAAGUGAGCCGUUGACAACCGACGAUGGAAAGACCAAAUCUGAGUGAUAGAUCCAACGGUUAGAGCGGAAGGGUAUGUCGAAUGCCAAAGAUAGAUCUUUCGGGUGUAUAUACUGUGUUUUUAGAGGUUAGAUGUAUUCACUUAAUACUCCAUGGCAAUGGAUUAAUAAUACCUCGGAUAUGUCAUGUGGCGUGUUUAUAUGAAGAUAGACCUUGAAUAAGAAUAUAAAUCACGUGAC